AUGCCCGGUGUCAUCAACGAAUCCAUCGCCGUUAGCGACGGCCCCCUCACCAACGAGAACGCCGCCCUCCUCCGCCCCUCCGACCCCAACCUCCCCCUCGAAGAACUCCGCAAGCGAUACGACGAGGACGGCUACCUCUUCCUCAAGCAAGUCCUACCGCGGGCAGACGUCCUCGAAGCCCGCCGACGCUACUUCGACUACCUGGCGCCGACGGGGGUGCUGAAGGAGGGUUCUGACCCGGUGGAGGGCAUCUUCAACCCGACCAAGUCGGCGGACGACUACCCGGGCAUUGGGGCCGGGGCCGCGGACGGCAACGGACGACCCGGCGGCGAGAGCGCCGCGCAGUUCGUCGACCGCGCCAUCGAGGCGCACUACAAGGAAUGGUACGUCGACAAGAUCUGCAACCACCCCGACCUGUACGCCUACGUCGCCAAGUUCACCGGCUGGGGCCCGGAUACCCUCACCUUCAAGCGCACACUCCUGCGCAACAACACCCCCGGCACGAAGCCCAUCGGGGUGCACUACGAUCAGAUCUUCAUCCGGCAUGGCGAACCGACGAGCGUCACGGCUUGGGUGCCGAUUGGGGAUGUGAAGAUUAACGGUGGGGGAUUGAUCUAUCUGGAAAAUAGUGAUUCCGUGGGCCAGAAAAUCGAGGACGAGUUCACGACCAAGGCCAAGCAGGCGGGAUUGUCGGAGGAAGAGGCCCGCUCGGCGUUCAACUCCAAUAUGGCCGCCACCGGCCUGCUCUCAGAUACCCCAGCCGCGUUCGCCAAGGAGCAUGGUCGUCGCUGGCUGGUUUCGGCGUUCGAGGCGGGCGAUGUGGUUCUGCAUAAGCCCCAUAUGAUCCACGCCUCGACCAUCAACAAUGACCCGGACAACGUGAUCCGUCUGGCUACAGAUCUGCGGUUCUGCGACUCGUCGAAGCCGUAUGAUAAGAGAUGGAUGAACUUUUAUCGGUUCAACGAUGGUGUUUAGUGAUUUUCCAGUUGUCUAUUUUCCUUUCCACCUAUGAUAUGAAGUUGUGUACCGC